AUGGCCCUGCCCCCUGAUCGAAUUGAUUACCUGCCCAUCAUCGACCGCCCGACUAUCAAGUGGCCCAACGAUGCCCGGGUAGCGCUCUGGAUUUCCCCCAACGUGGAACAUUACGAGUAUCAACCUGUUAAUGAGGGUGUCCGCAAUCCGUGGCCACGCACUCCCUAUCCGGACGUACAGCAGUACUCCUACCGAGACUAUGGCAACAGGGUUGGUUUUUGGCGUAUGCUGGAACCGUUGGACAAGCACGGGAUAAGGUGCUGCGUGUCCCUCAAUCUGGCGGUGCUGGAGCACUUCCCUGAAAUUGCCGAAGCCAUGAUGGAACGGGACUACGACUACAUGAGCCACGGCAUCUACAACACCCGUUACCUUUACACCUGCUCCGAGGACGAAGAGCGGGAAUUCUACCGGGAUUGCAUUGACACGUUGAAGCGGCAUACGGGGAAGCCUCUGAAGGGCAUGCUCGGGCCGGCCAUUUCGGGUAGCGUCAGCACACCGGACCUGAUGGCCGAAGCGGGCCUCAUUUACCAUACAGACUGGUUCCACGACGAUCAGCCUACUCCUAUCAGGGUGAAGUCAGGCAAGUUGAUUUCGGUACCUUACUCGAUUGAGCUCAACGACUCGUCGGUGCUGAGGGACAACCAUUACAGCGCCCAGUAUUUUGCCGAUAUUUGCAAAGCGCAGUUUGACCAACUAUACGAGGAAGGGGCUGAGAGCGGUCGGGUCAUGUGCAUCGCGCUCCAUCCCUUCCUUAUCGGGCAGGCCCACCGGGUGAAGCACCUGGACGACAUGCUAGGUUACAUAAUGUCUCACGAUGGAGUAUGGCAGACCACUGCGGACGAGAUUGCCGAUUACUACAUCGCCAACUAUUACGACGAGGCCGUGGCGCAUGCCAAGCGCCUUGCCGAGGCAUCAGCCCAAUAA